GGGGGCGCGCGCGACCCGCCAACUCGGCCCAGGCCCAACUAUGUGAGCCCAAACUCGGCCCACGCCAGUGCUAAAACGUUGCUUUCCUGUGGAUCGAUCUGUUUUUGAAUAUUUUAUGCAGUGUCGUGUAUCGUGGACCGUGGUACCCCCAUCGCUAAUACAGGGUGUUGCGUCCCCCAGCGAUGCCCUCUCUCGGCCAGUUCUCCGCGCUAGAGGGCGACUAUAUAGAGAUUAUGUGGCGCCGCGGCCAGAGCCGGUCUCCGUAGUGUGACGUCGCCGGAGAGGAGAUAACUUGCGAAAAUGAAUCUCCUAAACAUGGACGCAGAGAACCGCGUGGUUCUGAAUGUGGGUGGGAUCCGCCACGAGACGUACAAGGCGACGCUGAAGAAGAUCCCGGCGACGCGGCUCUCGCGGCUGACGGAGGCGCUGGCCAACUACGACCCCGUCCUCAACGAGUACUUCUUCGACAGGCAUCCCGGGGUCUUCGCGCAGGUGCUCAACUACUACAGGACGGGCAAGCUGCACUACCCCACGGAUGUCUGCGGGCCGCUGUUCGAGGAGGAGCUGGAGUUCUGGGGCCUGGACGCCAACCAGGUGGAGCCCUGCUGCUGGAUGACGUAUACACAGCAUCGCGACACGCAGGAGACCCUGGCGGUGCUGGACCGGCUGGACCUGGACACGGAGAAGCCGUCUGACGAGGAGGUGGCGCGGAAGUUCGGCUUCGAGGAGGACUACUACAACGGCACCGUGUCCUGGUGGCAGCAGCUCAAGCCGCAGAUGUGGUCGCUGUUCGACGAGCCGUACAGCUCGAAUGCUGCUAAGAUAAUCGGCGUCAUCUCGGUGUUUUUCAUCUGCGUGUCCAUCAUAUCGUUCUGCUUGAAGACGCACCCGGACAUGCGGGUCCCGGUCAUCAAGAACUACACCGUCACCACCGCGAACCAGACGCAGAGCUGGGCGUUAGACAAGGUGCAAACCAACGCCCACGUCGCGUUCUUCUACAUCGAGUGCGUUUGCAACGCUUGGUUCACGCUAGAGAUCCUCGUCCGGUUCAUCUCGUCGCCCAACAAAUGCGAGUUCGUCAAGUCCUCCGUCAACAUCAUCGACUACAUUGCCACCAUGAGCUUCUACAUCGACCUCACCCUCCAGAAGUACGCGUCGCACGUCGAGAACGCCGACAUCCUGGAGUUCUUCUCCAUCAUCAGGAUCAUGAGACUGUUCAAAUUGACCCGACACUCGUCGGGCCUGAAGAUCCUGAUUCAGACUUUCCGAGCGUCCGCCAAAGAGCUGACGCUGCUAGUGUUUUUUCUAGUGCUAGGUAUCGUGAUAUUCGCUAGUCUCGUGUACUACGCGGAGAGGAUCCAGACAAACCCCCACAACGACUUCAACAGCAUCCCCCUGGGGUUGUGGUGGGCGCUGGUCACCAUGACGACCGUGGGUUACGGAGACAUGGCGCCCAAGACAUACGUGGGUAUGUUCGUGGGCGCGCUCUGUGCUUUGGCUGGUGUGCUGACGAUAGCGCUGCCCGUGCCGGUCAUCGUGUCCAACUUCGCGAUGUACUACUCGCACACGCAGGCGCGGGCGAAGCUGCCCAAGAAGCGCCGAAGAGUCAUCAACGUGGAGCCCACUAGGCCUCCACUACGAGCACCAGGAGUGCCCGGGGCUCCAGUAGGCCCUAUGCCACCAGGCAUGGGCCCUCAGGCUGUGAACCGAAGAAUGAACGCCAUUAAAACCAACCAUCCGAAAGACAUGAUGGGACCUAACAUGGUCGCAAGCUUAAUGCCGGGAAUGGACUUAUCCGUCACCACCCGGCUGUCCCCGAGCCCUCGCGACAUGAGCCCGGCUCUAGCCAUAGCCCUGCCCCUCAUGAAGUCAGUCAACAUCGUCCCAUCGCAAUGCUUCGACAACAUGGCGUACCACAGGGAGAAGUCCGAAGACAAAACAGCGAGCCGACAGGAAGUAGAAAGUGAAGUUAAAUCUAAUUACGAUAAGUUUAACGAUAAAGACGAUAAAGUGGACGCGAGAACACCAUUACUAAGAGACCAUAAGAUUGAAUCUCUAGAUGAAAGCAAACUGAAGGAGAGCAAAGUAGAGAAACGCAAAUCGUCAGCUUCGACCUAACGUUAUGCAUUGAACUUACCAUGACCAAUAUUGUUAAGAUUGUAUUAUAAUAUUAUAUUUAGAGCACGAUCGAACCUUGCGUUACGUUUAUUGAUUUUUGUAUCUUUUUUAUAAUGAUGUAACUGAUAUUCUAAAAUUUGCUUAUGAAAAUCAAAAUGGCUGUCUUUGUGGAAGGGAAUGGCGAUUUGUGUAUCGUUUAUACUAAGUACAAGGCCGUGAUAGUUUUAAGGCGUAGUUAAAAUGUUUCGAGUUAACAUUUUUGCAACGUGUAAAUAUUUAUCUAACAACCUCUCUUCUCUUACAUCAUCACAGUUUUCUUCAAUCUUUACAUUUCUGUAUGAUCUCUUUUUUUAUUUCUUUUACAUUUUAAUUUUAUAACAAUUACAAUUCGCUAAAUUUCAAUUCUACUAUCAAAUAUAUUACCAACUGUACCUAUACAAAGAUGUGAUGUUAAAUUAGAAUUGAGGGUAGAUUUGACAAAGUUGAAUUCUGCAGUGCAAAGGCCAGAAAUUUUCAUCUGUCAGCAAUUACCAGUCGUAAAAGACCUGGCAACUAAAAUUCCAAGUACCGUUGAAUACCUUCAGAUACAAUUUCUCUUUGUCUACAGAGAAACGAUUGUGUAAUUAGAAUCGAAAUGGUAAUAGUGCCAAUGACUUUAUUUUCUGCUUUCAUUUGACUUUUAACAACUAUUUCUAUUGAUUUUAGUGCAAUCCACACACUCGUUGUUUCAAUUUUAUU